GGCAGGCCGGGGUUCCUCCGGGCUGGAGUGAGCCAAACCCACAAAUCUCGGUUGCUAGCGAGCCGAUAUCAGUAGAUGAUGCUUACCAUCAUAGGUUCGCAUCCACCGGCCGUGUCCUCCUCCCUCAGCGAGGCCUCUCUGUCGGCUGUUGUCGUCGGCGGCGGCGGUGGUGGUGGUGGUGGGCUCGGCCUGGUCCCCAAGAGGCAUGCCUCAAUAAUAAACCACAACAACGAGAGAACAACCGGCGCGUCUCAUCGACGGCUUUCCCCGUUUCUCCCGGUCAUACGACGCUGCGGGGCGGGCACAGGCUUGAUCCUGACCUACACGACUCGCUACAGGGGGCAGAAGAGGCAGCGGUGGCGGUGAUGAUCCGCCACCUGCACAAGACAACGAACAACCCAGCUUUCCGACAACAGCCUGUUAUCUGGAGAGCAGCCACAACGGCGGGCCCAUUGGCCAGCAGCAGCGGAGGGCUGGAUCUGGGGCGUCGGAUUACCCGUGAGAGAAAGGGGGUGGGGGGCGACGAGGAGGAGGAGGGAUGAAAGAACCCCUGCGGAUGAACCGGGUGCUUGAGGCCGAGCGAUCGAGAUCGGGCAGGACGGCUGGGAGAGAAGCUGAAACCCCGUGGCUCGAAACUCGUUUUGGGGCACGAGCGGGAUUGGGCCAACCUAAACUGUUGCCGGGACGUGGUGUCUCCUGAAGGCGGCGAUCGAGGUUCGUGGGCUCGAGAAAUUGCAGUGCUGGAACCGUAGGAAAGAACCAGCCAAUUCAUGGAAGUGCAAAAGCCCAGGAAUGUCGGUUGACGGUAAGCGGAGGGCAGCAACGUAAAGCGCAAGGAGCCAGAAAAAAACAAGUCAAAGGCUCAGGACAGGGGGAGGCGACGCUGCAGGCAUGACA